AUGGGCAAAUCUAAACCCCGAAUUCGACAGAAGAACCGGGCGGAUCCUACUGGGAAACCCAAACCGCCCUCCGACCCAGAGCUUGCAUCUAUUCGCGAGAAUCGGAUCCUGCCAGUGUUGAAGGACCUGCAAAGUCCCGACUUGAAGACAAGGUCUGCGGCCGCUAUUGCGAUUGCCAAUUUGAUUGAAGAUACAAAAUUCCGGAAGCUUCUCCUAAGGGAACAGAUUGUUAAGAUACUUUUGGAACAAACCCUCACAGAUUCAAGUCUCGACACAAGAACUGCGGGGUGGGGGAUUUUAAGGAACUUGGCUCUGGAGGAGGAAGCAGACUUUUGCAUACAUUUGUAUAGACAGGAUGUAUUGACUAGCAUUCAAGGAAUUGUCAAGACCAUUAUCCAAACCAUCGAAUCACAAGAUCCACCCUUCUCGAAGCUCCCCAGAUCACAGCAGACUCUCGUCUGGACCCUUACUAGCUCAGCCAUCGGCCUUCUUUCCUCUCUAUCAGAAGCACAAGACGAGAUAGUGGAAGCCAUAUCGAAGAUAUCAACGAUUCCCAACUUCCUAUUCGGUUUAUUAUCUUUCGAGCCUACCCCAAACGAAGUCCAAAAUGAAGUCCUUUCAUGUCUGACAACUUUGCUGGAAGACAACAAACCACUGGCGGAACUAGUCGUUGAGAAUGGAGAUUGGUUGCAAAGGCUCAUGCAAAUCAAAGAUUCAGGAUCGCCCACGAAUGUAUCGGCAUGUGGUGUAUUGCACAAGAUAUUCACCGCAAUGCAAUGGACAGAUUACAAGACGCCAAUAGAAGGAGCUUCAGAUGCGACUCUGAUUCCUACGUUGGUCCAUACACUGGAAAAUACAAGCCCAUCGAGCAAUGACACCAAUGGCAAUACCACCCAUUCCAGCCCAGACCAGGUUCUGCAAUUAGCCCUCGAAAUUAUUGCCUCUAUUUCCACAAGUCUUCAAGAGGCUCUGGAGCAUGGUCAUAAACAUGACUAUAAGAACGAAGAGAAAUUCGAAGGUUUCGAAGACGAGCCAGUUGACCCCGAUGAAAUGGACGCCGAUGUUGACGACGCCGGCUCCGCAGACAAAGAAGAAGACGCCCUGGACUCGGAAAUGUCCAUGUCCGAAAUCGAAGCAGACAUGGAACUAGUCACAGGAGACGUAUCCGAAGACGACUCCUCCCCCAGCGAAGAGCCCACCCUCUCCCUUCUAAUCCGCAGCGCAACUCCUGCCAUCCUGCCCCUCGCCCACCCAUCCCUAUCCGCAAACAGCAGCAUCCACUCCUGCGCCCUCUCAGCACUAAACAACAUCGCCUGGACAAUCUCCAGCAUCGACUUCUCAACCGGCCACCUAAACAGCCUCAAAAAAUCCUGGUCAACACUAGCCCAGCGCACAUGGACCGAAAUCAUCUCCCCAGUCCUCGCCUCCAACACCGCCGACAUCGAACUCGCGUCCGCGAUCACCAGUCUCGCUUGGGCGGUUUCCCGGAGCGUGGGAGGAGAAAUCACUCUCCGAGCUGACGAGCACCGGAAGUUCAUGGCGUUGUAUCAAGCUUCGAAGAGUCUGGGUCCAGAACCGGAACAUAGUAACGGCGCGGCUAAGAAGGGGGACGAGGAGGAAGACGCCUUCCAAUCCCUCGGCGUGAAAUCACUCGGCGUCCUCGGUAGCCUCGCGCUGUCUCCUUGCCCUGUACCACUGAACCGCGAAAUCGGCAUAUUUCUGCUCACGACACUUUCUUCGCUGCCUGACAUCCCUGCAGCUGAUGCAGUAGAGGCUUUGAACGCGAUUAUGGAUAUAUAUGCUGAUAAGAGCUAUGAGUUUGACGAGGAGGUGUUUUGGAAGGAUGGGUUUUAUAAGCAUUUGGAGGAUUGCUUGCCGGGGGCUAGGAAGCUGGCGAAGGGGGUUGAUAAGAGGAGGUUUGGGGAGUUGAGGGCGAGGGUUGAUGAGGUUGUGCUUAAUUUGGUCCGGUUUUUGAAGUAUAAGAAGACGGAGAGGGGACGGAAGGACUGA